AAAGAAUACAGUACUGGAAGCGAGUCGACUCGGCUGCCUCGAAGCCACCCCCGCCCCCAUCUUCGUUAGAGUUCGUCUGCUACAUGUGUGAACGUUGUCCUCUCCUCUACAUCCAGUCUCCUGGGGCCUUAUCUCUCUCUCUCUCUCUGGGGUAGCCAUGAAGGCCUUUGCGCUGUCUCCUCUCUCUCACUCCACACCCCUCUCCGUAUCUACAUCUUUCAUUCGUUCUUCUUACUCUCGCCGCUUCGGCUCCUUUCUUCUAACCCCACUUCUCCAAAAAUUCAAAACCAACACCACAAAUUCCACAAAACCUCGAAAUUCGCCGCUCUUUGUUGUCCGGACCUGCAGUUCCAUCACCGCCAAACCCUCCUCGGAGCUAAGGAAGAAACGCUCGGGUUCGGAGCAGGACGAGAAGCUUUGUGCUCUUCGGCAGCUCUUCUCGAAGCCCGGAAUCGGUAUCGAUGCAUAUAUCAUUCCUUCUCAGGACGCUCACCAGAGUGAGUUCAUAGCUGAAUGUUAUAUGAGGAGGGCCUACAUAUCAGGGUUUACAGGUAGCGCCGGAACUGCUGUUGUUACGAAGGACAAAGCUGCUCUUUGGACAGAUGGGCGCUAUUUUCUCCAGGCAGAGAAGCAGUUAAGCUCUAGUUGGGUUCUCAUGCGAGCUGGCAAUUUUGGAGUUCCUACUAUUGGUGAAUGGCUCAAUGAUGUUUUGGCUCCGGGUUGCAGAAUUGGCAUUGAUCCUUUUCUUUUUUCUUCUGAUGCUGCAGAGGAACUAAAGGAGACAAUUUGUAAGAAGAACCAUGAAUUGGUUUACUUGUACAACUUAAAUCUUGUGGAUGAAAUAUGGGGCGAGUCAAGGCCAAAGCUUCCAAACAAAUCAAUAAGAAUACAUGACCUAAAGUAUGCUGGUGUAGAUGUGUCAUCGAAAUUGUCUUCCCUGAGGUCUGAACUCAUUGAUGCUGGUAGUUCUGCAGUGGUUAUUUCCAUGCUUGAUGAAGUUGCCUGGUUGUUGAACUUGAGAGGGAAUGAUGUUCCACAUUCUCCUGUUAUGUAUGCAUAUUUAAUUGUUGAGAUUGGUGGAGCAAAAUUAUUUAUUGAUAAUUCUAAAGUUACACCGGCUGUGAUGGAUCACUUACAGAUUGCGGGUGUAGAGUUGAGACCAUAUGAAUCCAUAAUUGCUGAAAUAGAAAGUUUGGUAGCACAAGGGGCAUGCCUGUGGUUGGAUACCACGUCUGUUAAUGCAGCUAUCGUCAACAGCUAUAAAUCUGCCUGCGAUAGAUACUUUCAGAGCCCUGGGAAUAAAACCAAAAGUAAUACUAAGAUGCAUAAUGUCGCAGAUGGUCAAUCUGGUGCACCAAUUGGAAUCUACAAUUUUUCCCCUAUAUCUUUAGCGAAGGCAAUAAAAAAUAAUGCAGAACUAGAAGGGAUGCACAAUGCUCAUUUAAGGGAUGCAGCUGCUCUAGCACAGUUUUGGGCCUGGCUGGAAGAGGAAAUCUGUAACAAUGUUGCAUUAACAGAAGUAGAUGUUGCAGACAAACUUCUUGAAGUCCGCUCAAAGCAGGAUGGUUUUUUGGAUACAAGUUUUGAUACAAUUAGUGCUUCUGGAGCAAAUGGUGCUGUCAUACAUUACAAACCGGAGCCAGGCAGUUGUAGUAUUUUAGACACAAAGAAACUUUUCCUAUUAGACAGUGGAGCUCAAUACAUUGAUGGUACUACUGAUAUUACAAGGACAGUACACUUUGGCCAGCCCACUGCACAACAGAAAGAAUGCUUCACCCGAGUUCUACAGGGUCAUAUAGCUCUGGAUCAGGCGGUAUUCCCUGAAAAUACGCCUGGCUUUGUGUUGGAUGCAUUUGCUCGUUCUUCUCUUUGGAAAAUUGGACUUGAUUACCGGCAUGGUACUGGCCAUGGUGUUGGAGCUGCAUUAAAUGUUCAUGAAGGUCCUCAAAGUAUAAGCUUUCGAUUUGGAAAUAUGACACCAUUGCAAAAAGGAAUGAUUGUCAGCAAUGAACCUGGUUAUUAUGAGGAUCAUGCCUUUGGUAUUCGGAUUGAGAAUCUACUUUGUGUGAAAGAGGUUGUCACCCCAAAUCGAUUUGGAGGAAAGCGAUAUUUAGGAUUUGAGAAGCUGACUUUUGUUCCCAUUCAGAGUAAAAUGGUUAACACAUCCUUGCUGUCUAUUGCGGAGAUAGAUUGGCUCAAUGAGUACCAUUCUAAAGUUUGGGAGAAGGUUUCUCCAUUGCUGGCUGGCUCAGCACUUCAGUGGCUCUGGAACAAUACAAGACCAGUUACCAAACAGUGAUUUCCAGCUUCAUUUUUACCUUUCCAAUAUAUUUCUCCUGUCCCAAUUGGUUGUCUCAAGUUGCGGAAUAUACUACAUUAGUUAGUGUUUAUUUAUGGUUGGAAAUCUUGUAAAUAAUCUCAUUCAGUGAAUCAUAUGAUGAGAAAAUUUAUAGAAAUGCAUUAUAUUUAAGCUUUUGUGGGUCAA